AUAAAUAAAAUAAAAAACAGUAGAUGCUCUGUUCUUGAUCUUUUGAUUCCUUAUAUAGUCAAUCUUGAAAAUUAUUGAUCAUGGUGUCGGAAUCUAUGAGCAUAUCAGUGAACGGACAAUCUCAAGUGCCUCCCGGGUUUAGGUUUCACCCAACUGAGGAAGAGCUGUUGCAGUAUUAUCUCCGGAAGAAAGUCAAUAGCAUCAAGAUCGAUCUCGACGUUAUUCGCGACGUCGAUCUCAACAAGCUUGAGCCUUGGGAUAUUCAAGAGAUGUGUAAAAUAGGAACAACGCCUCAGAACGACUGGUAUUUCUUUAGCCACAAGGACAAAAAAUAUCCAACGGGAACGAGAACUAACCGAGCCACGGCGGCCGGAUUUUGGAAAGCAACGGGCCGCGACAAGAUCAUAUAUAGUAAUGGCCGUAGGAUUGGGAUGAGAAAGACUCUUGUCUUCUACAAAGGUCGAGCUCCUCACGGCCAAAAAUCUGAUUGGAUCAUGCAUGAAUAUAGACUCGACGACAACAUUUUUUCCUCUGAGGAUAUCACCGUUCGUGAGGUGGUGAGUGUUAUUGGGGAGGCGUCACAAGACGAAGGAUGGGUGGUGUGUCGAAUAUUCAAGAAGAAGAAUCUUCACAAAACCCUAAGCAGUCCCAUUGGAGGACCUUCCAUGAGUGUCGGCAGCGGAGACACGGCGAGGACGACGUCGUCGUCUCAGAUCUUCAACGAUGAUACUCUCGAGCAAUUCCUAGAACUUAUGGGGCGAUCUUGUAAAGAAGAGCUAAAUCUAGACCCGUUCAUAAAACUCCCAAACCUCGAGAGCCCUAACAGUCAAACAGUCAACAACAUGUGCCACGUCAGCUCUCCUGACACAAAUAAUGAUGUCCACGUCAGCAACGUGGUCGACACUAGCUUCGUUACUAGCUGGGCCGCUUUAGACCGGCUUGUGGCCUCGCAGCUAAACGGCCCCACAUCGUACUCAAUCACAGCCGACGAAAGCCACGUGGAUCAAGAUCAUCUCGCCUUGCCUCCCGUCCGAUCUCCCUACCCUAGCCUAAACCGGUCCGGUUCGUACAACGCCGGUUUAACGCAGGAAUAUACACCGGAGAUGGAGCUAUGGAAUACGACGACAUCAUCUCUAUCAUCAUCGUCUGACCCAUUUUGUCACGUGUCAAAUGGUGGUGGAUAAGGGAAAAGAGGGAGACACACACAGAAAGAAGAUAUCUCACAUUUGUGUAGAAAGAUAUAAUCAUACCAUAUAGUUGUUGAGACAUUAAAAAAG